CCACCGGAAGUUUACAUUUCGACCCGAAAAAAUAGCGCGUUUUGUUUAUUAAUGUUUAAAUGACAAUAGACCAUGCCAAAAAGAAGAAACCCGUUCGGUGAAUGCUCUCCCCUUCAAUUGAAGCAGCAUGUAGCACAAAAAGAAGUUGAUCUAGGUGUGGCAAAAGACCAAAACAUGAAAAGUGUUUAUGAGCGCACCAGAGAUUUGCUGUUUAGUGGAUCAAAGAGAAGUUUUGAGGUACCAAAAGAUGCCAACUGCAAUGACAUUUAUGUACGAGAUGACAUCGCAAUGGAUGACCAGAUGGAAGAGUGUCCACGACAAUUGCACAUCACUCCCUCGGGCCAGCUCGCUAACAUGGCCUCAGAGAACAAACCCACCAAUGCCUUUGAUGCUCUCAUGAAUGCCAGAAGAGCGACUGGGGUAUCAAGCUGUCAAUGUUGCAAGGGCCAGGCUGCGUCCCAGAGUCGUUGUGGCUUCUGUGACAAGUCCAUCUGCUAUGACUGUGUACGGCCAUGUAUGUCCUGUCAGGGAAACUUCUGUCAGCUUUGUUCCGUAAUGAACCCGGACAUGUCAUCAAGGGCGAGCUGGUGUUGUCAGAGAUGUGCCUGCAGUCUGAACCCCUACACCCAGCCUGUGGGGUGGUGACCUCGCCCACGUGUCAUUUCUCACCCCACCCUGUCAUCGAUCAUUUCAUCUCAUCACAGACUAAUCAUCUUCGAUAUUAACUCAUCACUGUUUUGUUUGAUAAUAUGUUUCAUCAAGUUGCAUACUAAAUUCACACUUUAAAAAAUGUUUUUUUAUGAAAUUUUGUACUGAAGACAUCUUAUGCAUUUUUUAAAAACUAUUUUGCUUUUAAUAAUACUAUUAACAUGAUUGCACUUUUUAACAAAGUUCUAAUUUAAUUUCUCUUGUAAUAGUUAAUAUUUUGACUUAAAGAUUUUAAGAAUGGAAGAUUAUACUUUUAAUAUAUAGUUGAACUUGAUACUGUUAAAAAUAUUCUUUAAAUCAAAUCACAACAUUUUUGUAUUUAUCCAGGGUAAAACCUAACUUCAUUCAGUUUUUAACAAUCCAAAUAUCUUACAUAUGAUCAUAAGUCCCGUGAUUAAUAUUUUGUUUGUUAAGCAUUUUUCAACAGACUCAAAAAAUACCCACAAUCAAAUUUUGUUAAGCCACAUCGGUGGUCGUUAUUUGAUUUUUAUUUUUAUUUAUGCUAUAAAGGGUUAGAAAGAAAAAAAGCACCACUAAAAUGUGGUCAAGGAAUGCAAUACUUAAUAAUUUUCGUGAUUUAUAUGCAUUAUAGUUUGAUGUAAUAUUUUAAUGCUUAGAUAUUUUAUCAUUUAUCUUAUUUUGUUAUGGCUUUUAUGAUUUACUAAAUGUUAAUUAUCAUCUUAAUGUGUUUGUUUUUUUUGGAGAUAGUAUUGUCAUAACCUUGGUGUUGGCAUCGUGUAAAAUUGUUUACAAUGGCAAUACCUCAAAAAGUGCCCAAGAUAUUCACAUAAAACUUAUUGCACAAAUUCACAGUGAUAAUACAAACAUGCAGUGAUCCAACUAGGCUUAAAUAGUAGGGUGGAGUGCCCUGCUACCCUUUUCCGAUACCCUGCUGCCUAUAACUAUGCCCCCACCACCCUCCCCCUGUGCCCUAUUGCUUGACAGAGCUGCCUUGGAUGAUUAUUAACUAUAUUUAUUGGACAUUUCAGAAAUAAGUAUGAAAAUAGAAAAUAGGCAUAAUUUUGACACUUAAGUAAAGAUAACAGUUUCGGUAUUGAUAACAAACUAUUAUUAUUGAAAGUAGUUACAACACCUGCAUACAAUGAAUUGAAUACUCACGUUGCAAACUGUGCCCCAUUAAAGCUCAUUUAAUGCGCAUAAAAAGUGCCCUAUCUGACCUAACACCUUGCCCUUUUCAAAGCCUGGCUAGAGCACUGCAUGUUUGUAUCAAGGUCCAUAACUCUGGAUUUGAUAAUUAAGUAUGCCCAUUUUUUUAAACUGAGGAUUUUUAAGAUAAGCAUUGGCGUACGCUGUGCAAUUGUUUGUUAAUUUAUUGUUACAUUUGUAAAUGUUCACUAUUGUAAAAGCUUAUCAACACCCAUGGACAAUGCAGUGUACAUCAUUGUUUAAGUUUGUUUCACAAAUGUAGGGUUUUAGCUAAAGAGUUAUGGAAGGGUUCUGCACUCUGUCAUUUUUUGGUAGCACCCUUCUGCCCUCAUGGAGACCAGCAUGUGUACCCUCCUGGCUUCAUAGAAAUUAAGGCUUAAGAUAAUAAUAAUAAUAAUAAUAAUAAUAAUAAUAAAAAUGUUCUGAUUAAAGCUUAAAAUAUUAUUAUAAAUUCAUUCAAACUUGACAUAUUUGGCAGUUGAAACCUACUUACUUACUUCAAUUAAGUAUAACUCCUACUAUUUUUGUGAAAUUCAUAAUGUUCUAAAUCUUCAUUGCCAGGCACAAUGUGCCCUUUCUUCCUUAGCACCUUGUCCUUUUUCUGCAGCACUCUGUCCUUUUGAAAACCAGGCUAAAAACUUACAAAUUGAUUUACACAAUUUCUAAGGUAAUUUUUGUGUUGAUUUUUUUGUUAAUGUGUAUGCGUUUUUUUUUUGGGGGGGGGGGGGGUAUACCUGAUUUUCGGUUUUUGAAAUAAUAUAAAAAUUGUUAAAUUUUGAAAUGGGCAGAUUUUGGCCUGCUUUAGGAUACAUUUGGUUAAUACUGACUGGUUUUAGCCCCAUUGAGAAUCAUUCUUAAGUCCGUUUCCUAGGCAGUAACCAGUACUACAUGUAUGUUCUUUUCGAUAGGCCUUUAUAAAGUAUUCUUGCUUGGGAUCAAACCCAUAACCUCUUGAGUGAGGGUCGGACACCUAUACAACUCGACCACUCUUACCUGUCAUACAAAUGAUACCUUUUAUGACAUCAUAUUUGUUAACUUACUGACAUCAUAUUUGAAUGACCAAUUGGUGCUUGUUAUGUUUGAAUUAUAGAUGUUGAAUUGGUGUUUUUAUACAGAAUGAAAAUCGAAAUGUUCUAAAAAACAUUGCUGAUUGAUAUUUUUUCUAUACGAAUUCCUGGAUAUUUUGCAGCUAUGAGGAAAUAACAGAGAGGUCGUUCUGUCUGCACUGCUGUGUCCAUUGAUGUGACGGACAUCUCUUGUUGACCAAACAACUCCACUAUUCCAAAUGAAUUUGUUCCAUUUUUAACUUGUUUGUUUUUCAAAGAAAACAUGUAUUUUGAAAAGUCUACAUAUUGUCAUAGACUUAGCGCUGUUCUUAUUGUUGGCUUCAAAAACCUUUGACCUUGGCCACAAGUGAAGUCAAAUAAUAUAAGAUAUUCAAAUGAAACUUUGUAGCUAUUCAUACAGAAACAAACACGACUUGUGUUAUUUCGCAACCUCUAUUACCUUAACUUAACAUUUGUUUUAUACAUUAUUUAAUAUACACUAAUCUUAAAAGUGGCCAUACUCGCUAACAUUUAAAUAAAAUCACUGAUUGGGCAGAUUGUUCAGAACUUCGUUAAAGUUAACAACAUAGUUACAUGUAACAACACUUGGCUGAUUGUUCAGAACUUUGUUAAAGUUAACGACAUAGUUAACAACAAUUGGCCGAUGGUUCAGAACUUCGUUAAAGUUAACAACAUAGUUAACAACAAUUGGCCGAUUGUUCAGAACUUUGUUUAAGUUAACAACAUAGUUAACAACAAUUGGCCGAUGGUUCAGAACUUCGUUAAAGUUAACAACAUAGUUAACAACAAUUGGCCGAUUGUUCAGAACUUCGUUAAAGUUAACAACGUUGUAAACGUCAUAAUUGUUAAAUUUCAAAUCAAUAUUUCUCUGUAAGUUUCACAGAUACACUUAUGAUCUGCAGUAUUCUUAACCAGAGUUGAGACAACAGUUUCAGCUGCACUUGUUUUAUUUGAAUAUAUAAGCCCAUCAUUAAAUAUUCACCCUUAAAAGGUGAGAACGAUGUCAUUAAUCCCGUUGUUAACAUGCCACUGUUAUUAAUUUUAAAAAGAUAACAUGCUUAUAUACUUAUAUGGAUAAAACAGUUAACAACGAUGGCAUUGUUAACGUUGUGAACUUAAUGAUAGUUUAGAGCAAUUGGUCCAUUUAUUUAUGUUAUUUUUACAUGUAUAUGUAGUGUGUGCAAUUUUGUCCACGUUGAUACUUCGUAUGAAGGUGAAAUGUAUUUUGUUGUACUAUAUUAUCUACAUAUGUGAUGCAACCUGCAAAAAAACCCAGGCCAGGUGAAAUUGAUGUAAUGAAAGAAUAAGAUAUCAAUAAUUUUUUCAUGCGGCUGAAUUUUAAGCAUGACAGCUGUUAUAGUACGUCAAUUUACAUAGAAACAGUUAAAAUAAAACACUGUCAUGAUUAAAAAACCCAGCAUGUUUGAAAAACUGUAAAUACAAAAUUUUCGUUUUUUUGUCAUUUUCACCUGGCUGGGUUUCGGCAGAUUAUCUCACAUAUAUUUGUUUUCAUUUGUAAAUAUUUUUUGUACCAUUAAUUGUAUAUUUUUUCAAAGUAUCCUAUGUAUUACUCAGCAAAUUGAUGCAACAAUGAAUUACAUCAAAUGUAUGCACACAGUGGCAGUGUCUUGUACAUGUAUAUCAUUAUGAAUUGUGAGUUUUUGAUUUGAAAUCAUGUCUUUAUUUUACAUGUAAAUCAUUGAUAAUUAUAGUUCAAGCUGAAAGUGAAAUAGUUCAAGAUGACAAUGUACAGGAAUGCGAUUUGUCUGCGGACUUCUGAUCUGAUUGCUUCUGGAACAAAACAAAAAAGUACACUUGUUCUUUUUGGUUUUUUCCUUAUUUGUCAUUAUGAUUGACACUCAAUUUAGCUUCAAAUUUAAAGCCAGGAAAACAGGAGAGCCGUAAGAAGGCUUCUAAAAAGCUCAUUUUGUUUCCAUGGCAGAGUGCUUCAUCCCCAUAGGGGUUUAAAGUGGCUUCCAAACUGCUGGCCAAAAUGGAUUCAGCCCUUCAGCUGUCCGGCAAUUACAUCCCUGUAUAUAGAAGUAUAUUGAGCCUUUUCACUUUAAACCAUAUUUCAGUAUUACAUGUGACUGUCUUGAUCAGAAAUCUUGUUUAGAUUUUGAAUGUAUAACCUAUGUAAACUAAUAUCAUAAUUAUAUCAUUGUACCAAAACCAUUUUACAUGUAGCUUGUUUACGUUUUCAAAAUAAUAGUUUUCAUAGUGUCAUAGAGCUGGUAUCCUUGACGUAAAAUAGAUAAACAGGGGUCAGUUUCAAUAAAGUCUAGUUUAAGUUCAACAGACAUUGCAAAAGUCUUGCAGCUGAAUCAUUGUUAGUACAUUUGGCAAAUAUAUUUACCUGCCCCACUCAAAUUUUAUUUUACUGGUGGGGUAGAUGCUCAUCUCUGAACUUAGUUGUAACUUCCUAUUUUGGAAAUCUGUAGGAUCAUCACAGAUGACAACUAGUUGCUUGUCUUUAUUUUUCCCACUUUUGUUUUAUACAUUAAUACUAUCUUGAUGUUCAAUUCACAUAAAUGUAUAGAGCAAAAUAGCGAAAACACAGCACAUACAACUAAGACGUUGAAUAAAACAUGGCCCCUGGGACAUCUUUGAUUUGUGAAUAUGGUCUCAAGCUUACAUGUAUACAACUUAUUUCAUCUAAUACAGUAUGAAUAUUUGUUCUCGAAUGUUCAUGUAUAUUAUAUAAAAAAAUGGCUUUGUUUCUUUAUGCAAUUGUCAUCAUAGAAUUAUUGUUGUUAUUGAAAAUUGGAAGAAUUCAUUUCAAAUUACUGCAACUUGAAUAAAAAUUCAAAUAAC